AAAAAGGAGUGCGGUGACGCUAGCAAGGCAGUUUUGCCCACCCUUUCCAGUUCCCACACCCUCCACUCCCGAAGACCUCUGCUUCCCCUCCCUCACUCCGUUCUUUCUCCUCUCCCUCUUCUUCCGCUUUUCCGAUCAGUCUUUUUUCCCCAUCUUUGUCUCGAUUUUAGAAUCUUUCCAGUCGAAACAGCACAAGAAUCGUAAAUUUUGUUCUACUCUCUGUGAAAUCCCCAUCAAAGGCAAUCCGGUUUUUGGGAAAAUAGAUCUUCCUACGCUCUGUUAGCCCUAAAAUUUCCAUUUUGUUGGUGCUCCAACGGAGCCUUGUUGUAGCAAAAUCAAACGAUGUCGGCGUUAAAUCUUUUGGUGGUGUUUGCCGUUUAGAAAUCGAUGGGUUCGGAGUCAGCGGUGGUGGAGAUUAGCUCUGACGAUGAGGAUCUUUCUCUGGACCAAUGGGACUCGUUCGAUUGGGUCGCUGACCUGCUCGAUUGUGCCGAUGGAGGGGCGGAGGAAGUCGAUGAUGUCUUGGUGGUGGACGAGUUUUCGGUCCCUCCGGCGAAGCAGAUGCAGAAUUCUGAGUCGUGGAGGCCGGCGAAGGGUGCUGCGAGUGAUGAGUUCGAUGAUGAUUGCUUGGUGUUGGAUUCCGAUCCUGAUAAUCCGGUCUCGGUUGUUGGUGAUAAGGGCGGUGGGGGAGAUGGGUCGGAUGACCUGCUCAUACUUGGAGAGAAGGGGCAGUUGGCUUGCAGGGACUACCCUCAUCCACGGCAUCUAUGCGCUAACUUCCCUUUCAGCACCACAUCACAUGCAAAGCAUUGCAAAUUGUGCCACUGUUAUGUCUGUGACUCUCCAGCCCCAUGUGUCUAUUGGGGCAAUGGUGGUGCAAGCACCGAUCAUUGUCAUUCUACGGAUAAAGAUGGAAAGUGGAAAGUACUGCGGCAGUCCUUCAAACAGAAGAACACAACUUCACGGCCACAGAAGCUUCCUGAUACAACACUCUCCAUGAUGCCAUCCUUUCAAAACUCAGUACCACUGUGUCGUUCCAACCCAUCUUCAUUAUCCAUUCCGUCAUCCAGAUCAAAUCCCCUCCAGCCUUGCUCAGCCCCUGGAUAUGCCACUCCAGAUCCAGCAAACCGAAGACACCACCAGAAUUCGGCACCUUUAUCUUAUCUUGGUCAGAGGCGUGGUCAUUAUGCAUCUAAAUCCCACCAAUUAAAUCCCAGAGCACAAUGUGUACCAAGACAUAAUCGUGUUGCUGGUGCUUUGACUCAGUUUGUGUAUUCCCAGACAAGAUUUAAAAGGGUUGGGACAGCUCGAUCUGGUUCUGUGAGCUUGAAUGAGAACCGAUCACCGAAUAAUCAGUUCCAGAGAAAUGUGCCACAGAAAUAUCAUUUCACACCAGUCACUUCACAGAGAACUCAGUGCCCUUCACUGACAUCACAGAGGUCCCAACACCCACCAGUGACACUGUCACAGAGAUCUCAUUCUGCACCAUUAACUUCUCAGAUAUCUCAGUGCUCAUCAGUAACAUCAGUGGAUGAUAGCGUGAAUCAGAUGUACAGAACCGCACCACAGAAAUCUCAAUGUGUGCCACUAAGGUCACAGAGUUUCCAGGGCCCAACGAUGACUCUAUUAGAUGAUAGCAUGAAAAGUUGGCAGGAUAUACUUGCCAGCGUGGCAUCUGAACUUGGAGUCUCUGACAGUAACGACAGGGAUGCUGCCCCAGAUGUCCAACAGCCACUUAUGGUUUCUUCACAACCCCAGUCCUUCAGUCAAUUUGUUUCUGAGACAAAUGGAAGUCAAGAUGUGGAUAUCCGUGGUCAUUCUGCACGAGAAGUGACCAACCUGAAUUCAUUAGAAUUUGACUGCGGAUGGGUGAACCCAGCAGCUCAAAAUAUUCCGGAAAAUGCUCAGGGAGUAGAUUCCCAGCUAAAAGAUGUACAGCCAUCCGAUCCACCGGUUUCUGGGAGCAGUCAGGAUUCAGGGGAGCCUCGGUUGGGUAGCUUUUUAGCCUUUAUGGACGAGGAGAUGGUAGCAGAGAGUGCAAAAGAGCAAGGGCAACCAGAAACGCUGUUCUAUGACUUUGAAGCUGCAUGGAGUAGCUUACCACCGGUAUAGUUUUAUGAUCUUCAAACAUCUAUUUCAACUCCUGGGUUACAAAAUUAUCUGCAAUACAUGGAUACAUUACUUAGGGUCUUAUUUGGCAAGGAUAAGCAUCUCUCCUGUAUAUUUUUGCUGUGAUCAGAUAUACUCAUCUUUUUCAGUUGUUGCGUAACCAGAAAUUUCUCAUGUGGAAUUGAAUAUUCCUGAUCAUCUGAACUGUGAGUGAAGAUUAUUUUCGAAACUUUGUUAAGUUUAUAUUUGGGGCAAUAGUCAGCAUAAAAUGCUCAGGAUUAAGUUCAACAGUGCAUUGUCACCUAUUUUCAAGCGCCA